UUUACCCACAGAAAAGGGGCUAUUUAAAAAGGAAAGGCAUGAGUUGUGCGCUACCCGACUCCGUAACACACCUUCCCAAUCCCCAAGUAUCGCCACAUAAUUUUGGACUCCCGCUUCCCAUUCUUCUGGAUCGGCAUAAAUGAAUGAAACACAGGGAAAGCUCGUAAGACAGUCGCUCAGGACCACGUUGUGUCACACCACCGAACGACCAGGAGUUGAUCCAGUGGAGUUGAUCUAGACACAACAGUAUGAGUGUUCAUUGGGACCUGAUCUCCAGCCUCUCCGAUGUGUAGGACAGCCGCUCGGUGUCUUCCAUCCCCUCAGGACUCACGCUGUGAUGAACGGAUUAGGUUUUUGACUGCCAGGACAAAUGAAUACAAAUGAAUUUAGCGACCCGAAGGAGAGAUUGCAGAACCUCUCAUCUCGACACAAAGAGAGCUCUAUUGCUCUGCACAGUUCUCUACUGUACUUGUUACCUAGGUCUCGCCCAAGUACACUCUGAAGAUGUGGACAUCCUUCAAAAGCUGGGGCUCAAGGGAGAGAAGGCGUCACGCUCACUUCCAGCUGGAGUCAUCCCGUUCCGAUCUGGGAUCAUCCUCACCCAGCGGGCGCAGGUCGAGGCCCCGCUCCUCUCCGUUCUGCCGGCCGGCGUCUGGCCCGACCUGCUGAUGGUCCUCAGUGUACGCUCGCACCGCGUCAACAGCGCCUUCGUCUUCAGCCUGCUCUCGGCUCGCAACAAGCUCCUCCUGGGACUGCAGCUCGGCCAGCCUGGUCAGCUGCUCCUCCACACAGGGCCCAGGACCUCGGUGUCGCUGCCCUAUGACCCCCAUGACGGCCAGUGGCACCAACUGGCCGUUGGAUUGAGCGGAAAUAGGGCGACUCUAUAUGCCUCCUGCGGAGAGCAGAGUGUCCACGCAGACUUUAAGUGGGAGGGUGAGGGCGAGGGGCUCGCUCAAGAACUCCAGGGCUCCUUCUUGCUUGGGAAAAGCAGCCAUCAGCAGACCUUGGCACAGUUUGAAGGAGCCAUCUGCCAGUUCGACCUGAUACCCUCUGCGCAGGCAGCUUACAACUACUGCAAAUACAUUAAGAAACAAUGCAGGGAAGCAGACACAUACAGGCCUAACCUCCUUCCCCUCAUGCCCAUCCUCCCCCGGGAAAACGUCAAUAAAACAAGUACGCCAACCGCCCCUGGUCUUCAGGAUGGGGUACGAAGGACCCCGGGGUUGAGUCUGGCCCGGAGUGUGGCUGCCGCUGCCUCUGCCGUCAGAUACGUAGACCCGAUCCUCCCCACAAAACCCAGACCCAACAAGACGACCGCCACUCCAACGGUGCGUGGAACGGUGGCCCCGGUCACAGCCCAUGCCAGGCUCUUCUCCCCUCCCCCCAAGACCCGGUCCCAAAGUGUCACAGCCCCACUGAGGGCCAAAGUAACCCAGAUUAAACCCUACCCACCCAAAGGCUCUACUCCCAAGGUCGCUAAGCCCACCCCACCAAAACCAACCCGGCACAGCAAUUUUGGGAAAACCACAGCGGGAACGACUCACAAGAAAAAGCCUUCUGUUUCUGUAACCGCUAGCACCAAGCCCCUCAAGAAGAAAACAGAACCAAACCAAGUAUCCGUCCCAAAGAAACCGACAACCCCGGCCAAAAAGCCAUCGCCAAAGUCUAAGUGGACCACCGCCAAAUCCCGUCCAUCCAGACUGACACCUGCCAAAGCCAACUCAUCUCGAGUCGCCCCUUCUAAAGCAGCCUUUGCCAAACCUAAACCAUCCAAUCCCAGUAUCUCAAAAACCAACCCGUCCAAUACCAUCAAGCCAACCAAAUCGGUCACCACCCCUCCAAAUCUGAUGAAGACCACCACCACCUCUCCCGUAACCCAGCGCCCAACCAGGGGGUCCUAUUCCCUGGUGACCCUGCCUGCUACUGCCGGCUUCCAGAGUUGGGACGUACCACCCACCCAGUUCUCCUUGCUAGCAGGACCUCCGGGGCUGAAGGGAGAGCCUGGCCCACCAGGCCCUUCAGGACCUCCAGGGAAGCUGGGCCAGUGGGGAAAGAGGGGUCCCAGGGGGACUCCCGGUCCCCAUGGGAACCCCGGCCGACCGGGCCCACCUGGACUCAAGGGGAAGAAGGGAGACCCGGGUAUGUCCCCUGGAGCCGCCCCUAAAGGAGAGAAGGGGGACUCCGGCCCCGUGGGCCCGCUGGGAGUGCCUGGCCUAGUCGGUCACAAGGGGCAGAAGGGCCACCCUGGUGCUUCAGGCCUACCUGGGGAAGGGGGCCAGCAGGGUCCAGUAGGAAGCCCAGGUGCCAAAGGUUAUCCUGGCAGGCAGGGUUUACCAGGGCCCGUAGGACCGAUGGGCCCCAAAGGCAGUCGGGGUUUCAUUGGGAUCCCAGGGCUGUUUGGCCUGCCUGGGCCUGACGGGGAACGAGGCGCUCCGGGGGAGCCAGGGAAGAGGGGGAAGAUGGGUAGGCCGGGCUUUCCAGGUGACUUUGGAGAACGAGGACCACCUGGACCAGAUGGCAACCCAGGUGACCUGGGAGCCCCUGGGCCCAGUGGAGUGACCGGGCUGAUUGGUGACAUGGGGCCGGUUGGAGAGAUAGGCUUGUCUGGCCCAGGUGGACUGAAGGGGGUACCAGGAAACCCAGGCGAACCAGGACUGAAAGGUGAUAAGGGUGACCUUGGAAUUCCUGGACAUCAAGGAGAGAUAGGCUUCAAAGGAGACAAGGGCAUCCAGGGACCCCCAGGGUUACCAGGGGUACGGGGGAAACCUGGACAACAGGGUAAAACAGGAGAAAGGGGUCCUGACGGCAUUUCUGGCCCCCCAGGGGCUGAGGGUUUCCCUGGCGACAUGGGACCGCCGGGAGAGAACGGUCUUGAAGGAGAAAAGGGGAAGCUGGGUGUCAGAGGGUUGCCUGGCCCAACGGGGGUCCCAGGACUGGAGGGAGAUGAAGGACCCCUCGGACCACCAGGGCUGACGGGACUGGAGGGGAGAAUGGGGAGAAAGGGUUUUCCUGGAAAGAUCGGGGAAGAAGGAGUAAAGGGAGAGACUGGCAUCAGCGGCAUUGUUGGACCGAUGGGAGAAAGAGGGUUGGUGGGUUUCAUCGGACCAGUCGGAGAGAGCGGCCUGGCUGGAGAGAAGGGGGAUCGAGGUGGGAUGGGCUUGCCUGGACCAGCUGGAGAAAAGGGAUCAGAGGGUCACCCAGGGACACCGGGGGCGGGUGGGCCUUCAGGACCACCUGGAACCAAAGGUCCCCCUGGAUCCAGUGGGCCGAGCGGGACCAGAGGAGCCAAGGGCAUGAGGGGAGCGAGAGGGCCUGAUGGUUCAGUGGGAGAGCUGGGGCUAGAGGGCAAAAAGGGUGCAGAUGGCCCCGUGGGUAAAGAGGGCCUGUCAGGACCCGAGGGACCGACCGGACACGUGGGGGACGUCGGGCAGAAAGGGUUUCCAGGUGUUCAAGGGCCCUCCGGAUCUCCAGGGGACAAAGGGAUAGCAGGCGAGCCGGGACCCUCGGGGCCGGCAGGGACAUAGGACCGCUGGGGGAAACUAGGUCAACAAGGUCCUCCAGGAAACGUCGGUGACCUGGGGCUGAUGGGUGAACCAGGAGAGAAGGGAGCCAUUGGCGCGUCUGGAAACAUGGGGGAGCAAGGACUGAUCGGACCUCGUGGGGAGCCAGGCCUGGAGGGGGAGGCAGGUGCAGCUGGUCAUGAUGGAACCAAGGGUGAGAAGGGUGACAUGGGCCAGGAGGGAAACAACGGGGACAAGGGAGAGCUGGGACUGAAGGGUAAAGAAGGCACACCUGGCUUUACCGGCCUCACGGGCGUCAGGGGUCAAGAGGGUAAAUCUGGCAAGAUGGGAGAGCGAGGGAAAAUUGGACUAAAGGGUGCCAAAGGUCCAAUCGGUCACCUUGGAGAGACCGGGCCCAUGGGGAAGCUUGGGCCCCCAGGGUUCGUUGGUCAGAAGGGCUCCAGGGGAACCACAGGACACGUGGGCGCCCCCGGUCGGAUGGGUCAGCAAGGAGAGGUCGGUCUCGGGGGUUAUGAGGGCCACCAGGGAUCAUCAGGGCCCAUCGGGGGUCCGGGGCCCAAAGGUGAAAAGGGCGAGCAGGGGGACGACGGGAAGGUGGAAGGGCCUCCUGGAGCUCCGGGCGACAUUGGAACCCCUGGCGAUCGGGGAGAGAGGGGCGAGUCGGGAGACCCGGGCUACAUUGGUCAGAUCGGUUUUGAUGGCGGGAGAGGGAAGUCCGGCGCCCCUGGCCUACCUGGUCACCCUGGCCUGCGUGGGAGGCAAGGCCCCAAAGGAUCCAAAGGAGAUCAGGGUCAAAAAGGCAAGCAGGGUCACAUCGGCGCAAAAGGAUCAAGAGCAUUACAGGGCGUGGUCGGGCCCAUGGGUCCCAGGGGGGUGGUGGGCCGGGAGGGCCAGGAGGGGCUGCCUGGCAUGGAUGGACAUCCAGGGAAGGAUGGCAACAAAGGCAUGCCGGGGGAACACGGAGACGACGGGGACUUUGGUGUGAUCGGUAACGCUGGUGCACGGGGUAAACUCGGAGGUCCAGGACUUCCUGGCGACCAGGGGACGUAUGGGCUGAAGGGUGAGCGGGGUCUUCCGGGACAAGUGGGACCCAGGGGGAAGAGGGGUUUCAGGGGCGGGAUGGGACUGCCAGGGACCCAAGGAGACCAGGGACAUAAAGGAAGACCUGGAGACUCAGGCGGACCUGGUUUUCCUGGCUUCCUGGGACUACUUGGACCAACGGGGGCCCCCGGAGACUAUGGACCAAAGGGCAUCCAGGGGCCAAAGGGGCCCCAGGGUAUGAUGGGCGUAGGGGGGUCGGCCGGUCUUAUGGGAAUCAUCGGUCCUAAUGGAAGUGCUGGUCCUAGAGGAGAGAAGGGCAACCGUGGAGAGAAUGGAUUGCAAGGACCAACGGGAUCUCCCGGACCGCGCGGGCCCCCCGGACCACCUGGCCCUCCAAGUAUUCCCGCCUCAUUUAUGGAGGAUGGUCUUCAUUUCUUUGUGGAUCCACCCACCCCACUCAGGACUGAGCAUCUUCAUAAGCCGGCGAUGGACCUGCCAAUGCUGGACCAGGGCGCAGAGAUCUUCAAGACCAUCCACUACCUCAGUAACCUGAUCCAGAGCCUGAAGAACCCGCUGGGCAACAGGGACAACCCCGCCCGCAUCUGCAAGGACCUCCACAGCUGUGAACACAAAGUGAAAGAUGGCACUUAUUGGAUUGACCCCAACCUGGGCUGCUCCUCAGAUACUGUAGAAGUCUUCUGCAAUUUUACUGAAGGAGGGCAGACCUGCCUCAAGCCAAUCACAGUAUCCAAGCCUGAAAUGAGCGUUGGCCGUGUGCAGAUGAAGUUCCUGCACCUGCUGAGCUCCGAGGCGGUGCAGCACAUCACGGUCCACUGCCUGAAUGCCGCUGUGUGGAGCGAGGAGGACGGCCGGCCCCCUGGCCCCGGCGCGGCCACCUUCAGGUCCUGGAGCGGGGAGAUGAUCCAUGCCGGAGGGGAGCUGGCCCCACAUGUCACAGAGGACUCCUGCUGGAUGAAAGACGGGCGCUGGCACCAGACUCACUUCGUCUUCCACUCGGCCGACCCGACGCUCCUCCCUGUGGUGGACAUCCUCCACCUGCCCCGGACCAGCCCUGGCUCACACUACCACCUGGAGGUGGGCCCUGUGUGCUUCCUGUAGCACCAGCCAACCCCCGCACCUUUGCUGGGCUGCAGGGGGAACCCUCUCUCUCUCACUUGGUGACUCCUGCUGCACCGAGGUGGCCAAGAAGAUACAGCACAUCCUCUACCGUAGCCCCCCCCCCCC